AUGUCGACUCCAGGUAACGCCUCCAACGGCCCGACCCCAACCGGACCCAACGGCGGUCCUCCUCCUCCGAUGAGGCUUCGCCGCCCCAAAAACGCCGGCGAUCCUCUGGUCCGACCUAAGCGACGACCGGCGCGACCUCUUGGAGUUGCCCCCGGUGCCGGUGCGACUGUAGCCUCAAAGACCCUGCCCUCGCACCCUUCCUCUGUUCACGGCCCUGCGCCUCAGCCAAAGCUUCCAGCUACUCGACCGCCUGCCGCCCCGGAUGCACGCUCCGUCAAUGGAUUCAGUGGACCAUUGCUCUCCGAGAAAUACGUUGAUUACCCUCUCGUCACCACUCGGAAAGCUUUGCGCGAAGGACUCAAACAUCACAUUGCCCGUUUUGCCGCCAAGAAAGCCAUUGAUCCACGCGAUGAAUCCCAGUUUACACGACCCGUCCGACUUCAUCGCCGCGACCCACGAGCUCGAACUCACGAGCAUCACGGCCAGAAGAUGGUCGGCCCUGAUGGCCAGCAGUUGGAUGAGGCGGAGCGAGAAGCUCUCGAGGCCCGCAAAGCCGCGCGGGAGAAAGAACGAGCGGAGAAUUUGGCGCAGAUCGCGCCAUCAGUGGGAUCAACGGCAAAGAGACCAAAUGCACCCAAGCAGAAGACACAGCAGGUGUUCAAGUCGGACAUGACCAAGGAGGAAAUCGCCCGAGCUCGGAUCAAGUACGAAGAAGCUCUGCCGUGGCACCUGGAGGACUUUGAUAAUCGCAAUGUCUGGGUGGGCAACUACGAGGCUGCCUUGUCGGAGACAUAUGCCGUGAUCGUGUUUGAGAAUAACAAAAUGCGAAUGAUUCCUGCCGAGAAGUGGUACAAAUUCACUGCCAAGCAGCAGUUCAAGGCGUUGACGAUCGAAGAAGCCGAGAAAUUCAUGUCGAAGCGCAUCAAGGAUCCGAGAUGGUUCAUGGAAAAACAAAAGGAAAUUCAAGCGAAGAAAGAACUGGAGAGCUAUGCCAAAAUCCACAAGGUGUAUGCCGGAAAGUCGGGCGGGAUGUCGGGCAGGGAAGGCCUGGAGGCUAGCGAAAUGGACUUUGAAGAGGACCGAUUCGCCGAUGACGAGGAGCAUGCCGAUCUGUUCAACGACGAGCAGGAUGAAGAUACAAAAGCCGCCGAGCGGCGUAUCAAAGAAGACCAAUUGAAGGCCAACGUCUUUGACCUGAAGAACGAAAAGGAUUAUGAAGAUGAAGAAGAACGAGAGAAACGGGAGCGAGAAGCGCGCCGCACAUUUGGCAAAAAAGUUCGCAAAGCUCUCAAGAAGCGAGAGCGAAACUUUGACUACAGCAGUGGCUCUGACGCGAAUCCAUACACGGACGAAGAGAGCUCUGAUGAUAGCGAGGUGGAGCGACAAAAGGAAGAAGAGAAAGCCCAAAAGGAAAAGGAAAAGGAUUCGGCCGUGUCCACCAAGGGCAGCAACACACCUUCUGGCCGACCCAAGCAUACUGAUGCCUUGAAAAAGCCCACCGGGUCUCGAAAGCGACUGGGAUCCCCUGGCUCAGAUGCAAGCGGUACUGACACCUCUCGAAAGAAGGCGAAGAACAAGCAUCAGACCUCCGCACCCACUUCGCGUCCAAUGUCCCCCUCUGCAGUACAGCCUGGUAAGAAACGCAUGCGAGAUGAUACUCCCGGCCUCACUGGCUCCGGCAGCGAGAUCGAUAUCGACGCUCGAUCUGGAGGCGAGCUGCCGCUUCCCGUAGUGGCACCCCUCAAGGAUCCCGAGCCACCAGUCCCGUUGCCGGUCACCAAUUCCCUGGCAGCCGAGCUGCAAGCCCCGAUGGCAUUCGAGGCAAGUCUCUUCUCUCCUCUCCUCUCUCCCUCUUCGGUGACCCGUCUUCCGCACCCAUUCCCAGAAGAGUUUUGCACUUUCUGGAAGGGCUAUACUAAUGCUCUCCCCGUGGAAGUCUCAGGCGCCGGCCGCUCCACUCCUGUCCCAUCAAACCAGCCCUUCCCUACCCCGGCCGAAAUCCACGCUGCGAUUCCAGCCACUGGUAUCACCAGUUCCGACCUUUUGCGAAUCUUCCGCCCUCGUAUUGGUGAGUCCAAGGAGAAUCAUCGCCGUUUCAUUGCCAUCGUGAAGGAUGUUGGCUUGUACGGUAAAGAGGACCGUCUCCUGCGCCCUGGCACUUGGAAACCCACUCAGUAA